AUGUUCGCUCAACUGCUCAUGGACGAAGAACAGCCGUCAUUACUUAUUCCAGACAUCCCUUUUUCUCGAAUUCCACCUAACAGACCUCACUCAAACCCUUCAUACAUGGGUAGAGUAAAAUCUGCUGCCCAGAAAAAGAAACCAUCAAAACCUUAUGAAAACCAGCCUAUUUCUCAUGCAGAAAUUCCCUCGACUAGCGGUAGAGCUGAGAGUACUCCCGAGCUAGGAAUCCAAACUCAAGCCCAGCUCCGAAACGUCAUUCGACCAGAUGUCGAAUGGUAUGUUGCUCCUCCUAGUCGAAAAAAAUCCCACAAGCGCCAGUCUGGGGAGGGCUACAGCAAUCCCUCCACGAAGAAGUCUCGAACAGAAAACCCUCAUGCGCCUACUCCCACAAAGGAGACAACUCCUCCACCAGCUCCUACCAGAGAUGCAACUCCGCCGUUUCCAGUAAAUCUAGAUCCCCCAUCUUCGGUUGGACAGACUCCUCCACCAGCUCCAGCCAACCUUACGCCUCCAACUUCCACCGUCCAGCAGCCGGCUGGACGCCGAGAAGAAGCCUCGGGAGACGACCUCACGAGCGUGGUGCUCAAUUCAACCAAAGAUAGGCUAUCCAUAAUAACAAAGCACCGUCGCAGCCGGGAGGCGAUUCAGGAGACUAGCUCCAUGGCGGUUGAUCAAGUCUUCAACCGCGCACUGAAUGAAUUGCUUGCAGCAACUGAAGCAACUCAUGCCGAGCAGCUGAAGGUAGUUGAGGCAAAGCAUUAUGAGGCUCUUAAGGAAGCUGAGGCGAAGCAUACUGAGGCUCAUAAAGAAGCCAAGGCAAAGCACCUCGAGGUGCUACAAGUGAUCGAGGCCAAACUCGCUUCUCUUGAAGAGGAGUUGAAGAAGAAGGAGGGGAGCAUUGCCAAGAUCACUGCAUCUAAGGAGCAGUACAAGGAGAAUUCGCUCAUAAAUUACUGGGAAGCCCACAAGCUUCAAGCUAAACUAGAGAUAAGCCGCAAAGAAGUUGCUGCACUGGAGGAAUAG